UCGGCUCUCGCAGCAGGAGACCUAACCUAUCCCGCUGGCGCGCCGACGCCUCUCUGCUGCUGCGCUCCGCGAGACUGUGUUGCGUGUGUGAGCCUAUACAUACUUCUCGCUCUCUCUCUCUCUCUCUCUCUCUCUCUCUCUCUCUCUCUCUCUCUCUCUCUCUCUCUCUCUCUCUCUCUCUCUCUCUCUCGUAUAUACGACGCACUAUACUCUCACUCGGCUACUACAAAAGCCAACAUCAAAAUGGAGUCGACUCGUCUUCAUCUAGUGCGUCGCUCGAAUUCCACAUGAAGAUCAAAAUACUCGAGGACGAGCGAAUGUUUAUCUCGCGGUCAGCCGCGGCUACACCUGCUGGACUAGAAGUGAUAAAAUGUCGCGAAGAUUAGCCUGUGAUCCGAGUGAUUAGAUGUCGCAGAAAACGAAGUAUGAACAUCGUGGACGACGUCGAUGGGCCCCUGGAUCCCCGAAUUCAGAUCGAGCUGGAAAAUUUGAACAAUGCCACAGAUGAUAUCAAUAAACUCGAGAUAGAGCUAGAUGAAGCAAACACUGUCUAUGGCCAGUUACUCUCCGAGACUACGAGUCGUUUAAAGGAGUUGAUGAAUAAAUUGGGUAGCAAUUGCAUUGAUAAAGCAAAAUGCUACUUUGAGGCUUGUGAAGUUGCACAUCAAGCUAGGCUAAAAUGUCAGCAACAAGCUCAACUUUAUCAACGAGCCAAUGUCGUGCAUGCAGCAGCCAAAGAAACUGUUGCAUUGGCAGAAGAGCGUUUUAUGUCACAUCAGCACGAAUGGAACUUCGACCAAGCAUGGCAAGACAUGCUGAACCAUGCAACACUCAAGGUCAUGGAAGCUGAAAGCCAGAAAGCAGAGUGCGCUCGUGAGCAUCACAAACGAACAGUAUUGUUCCAUGAAGCGGAGAAAAAAGUACAACAGUUGGAAGAAAAAUACCGCAGAUCUAUUAACAAGGCACAGCCAUAUUUUGAGUUGAAAGCCCAGUGUGACCAGAAGUUAGCCAUACAGAAAGAAGUUGUGGAUUGUUUAAAGAAAGCAGUGAAAGAUGCAAAGUGUUCUUAUGCAGCAAGUCUUCGUGCCUUGGAAGAAAUUAGUAAUCAGAUUCACAAAAGAAGAAGAGAUUACGAUAUCGUAGCUAAUGGACCACGAGAACCUGGUGUGGGAGCAGAGCUUGUCACUCCAGAUGAAAGUUUAAAUUAUCAAGAAGAAUUAAACAAAGUUAGAAUUAGUAGGGUGAACUCAAUAGCAAGUAGUGAACAAGACAUUGACGAUAGAAAUCAAGACUUUGAAGAUGUCAAGGAAUUAAAACAAAGAGUUGAUCAUUUAAGUGCAAGAUCUGUGGAUGGUAGUGAGUCUACCUCCAACUGCAAUUGGGAACUGGAACUGCAGGCUAGUAUGGAAAAAUUGAACAACUUGCCAUUCAGAGUUUGUGAAAGUGAUAAAACUGACAGUGUAAAUAACUGCGAUUUAAAGACUGCUGAAGUCAUAAAAUAUGCGGAAGCUAAUGGUAACGUAGUAUCUAAUGAAAAAAUGUUAAACGAUGACAGAAUCAUAGGACGGAAGCAAAUCGAUGAUAUUUAUCAAGGUUGGCAAUCUUUGACACAAAGUCCUAUAAAUUCUAUAAUUAAUCGAUCAAAAAUAGCUCUCAAAAACAGUAUCUCUAAAUCAUUAAGCAACAGUCCCGUUAACAUGGGAUCUUUCUCUUUUGGAAAGUCUAAAACGUCGGAAGAGCAGGCUGUUCCUGGUCAAAGCAACAGUAAUGCACAAGCCUUGAAUUCAGAGCACAAGAAUGGAAAAGACUCGAUCUUUAAUUCAGCUGAUGAAAAUCAUUCAGUUGAAAAACAAUUAGAAGCCAGUAAUGAUUCGAAUCAAAAAAGUUCUUUUAAUGAGAGGGAUAAUACUCGCAAUGGCGUUUGUAAGAUUCGCGGCACAACGGAUAAUCUACCAAUAUCAAAUGAAUCCGAAGUACCUUCUCAAUCCGUUGAAGAUACUCAAGUACAAAAUAUGUCUAAAGCAACUCAUAGUUUAGAUUCAACUCCCGUAAGAAUUAAGUCUCUGUCUUCAUCAGCGUUUACAAAUUCUUUGAGUAAUGGUUUAAACGGUAAAAUAGAAAGGGCUCAAAACGUCACUCAUUCAGACUGCUCGUCAUCCAAAGCCAAGGAACUGCCAUUACUUUCGUUCUUUCAAAAAUCAACAAUGUUCCAGCCUACAAAGGACAAAAGCUGUAGUAUGGUCAACCUGAAUGAGAAGCAAAAUUUAAAGACGCUACUCGAUAAUUCGUCUUUGGGCAACAUACAGGCGGUUAGCGUUGAAAAACUGGCAAACGCGAGACACAAAUUGGUCGGGGAAAGUUAAAUUUAACUUUGCGUUUUUAAUGUUGCAAAUGUGAUAAGAAUAUCCUCUCAGAAAUUUUUAUAAAAACGUCGUAACUUCAUAUUUGCCAAUAUACCCACAGCCUAAAACGUUUUUUAAAAAAAUCUACAAGAUUCAGCUGUUUUCCUUUACUAUUUAUCUUCUCUCCUAACGCGUUUGUGUUCAUAGAAAGUAAUAACGACGAUUAAUCCAUGUAUAGCUUUUCACAAGCUUUCGCCAGCUAUAACGCAUACGAUAAAUAGACAAAAUUUCUUGCGCAGUUUGUGUAGGCACAAAUUGCAAACAAAGUUCCUUUGCCAAUGUUGGUUUUUAUCGCAGCAACGAAUCUUUGCAGUGCAUGGUUCACAACCAACGCAAGAAAAUAGACAACAAUUUCCAAUUUCUAACGGACGAUUCUCUUCAACUUAGCGCGCGCUCGAAAAUUAAGGUGUUAUCAACCAACCGUACGUCUAAAAAUCUUGCCAAAAGAACUAUUACGAAUCUUAAAGACUCCAUUAACUUGGCACCUACAUGCGAAUAGAGCAGUACUCGACUGUUAGAUUUUUUAUAUAUAUGGUUCUGUUGAGAUACUUUUUUAAGGGUGUAAUUUAGCUGUGAGGUCACCGAUAAUGUAUAGAGAGUAUUAAUUGUAAUUAGACAACAGCAACGAUUAACAAUUCAACAGAAAUAUGAUCUGCAAGCAUUUUGCAGAGUGGCGGCGAGUACGUUUUCAACAUUUUGACAGUUAUCUUUGUCGAAAUGCUGAAAGCGCGUAUAUACUCGCUCACGUUGUAGAUAGCUUCAGCACGAAUUACGUGGAAUCAAAAUUAUUGUUAACGAUUAGUUUUUAAGUGUCAUCGUUUCUCAUUUUCAUUUAAUUGUAACUAACUCGCACGUCAUCUCCCUAACUAAGUCAGGGAAUUACUCUUAUCGAAGCAGAAUGAAGAAAAAAUAUAUUGUUGUUGUUACAUAGCUAAGGAACUAUGUGCGAAUUCGUAUAUUACAUAGUCAGCGAUCGAAAAUCUUGAAAACCUUUUAGCGCGAAAAUGCCAAAAUUUGUCCGCAUAUAAUCGACUAGAGAAAAUGUAUGUAAUAAGUUAAUUUUUCUACGGAAUAUUUUUCGAACAAAUAUAGGUUUAAAGACUAAUCGAUAUUAAUUAAAUCGAAAAUGUAUACUGUUAUAUAUAACAUUAUUUAAGUAUUUAUUUGAAAGAGAGUGAAAACAAAAAUUGAUAUUUAUUAUCGAGGAUAAGCAAUUAACGUUCUCAAAGAGUUUAUUAAACGACUAACACGCGAUUUUUUGUACGUCGAAAUUUUUAUUUUACUAAAUUCUACUUAUAUACUACGUUAUAUUAUGUUAUUAUAUCAUCAUCAUUAUUAUUAUCGUCAUCAUUAUUAUUUUAUAAAAGCCCAUUUUUGUGCAUAAUAGUCAGUGUGCUUUUAAAACCCGUAUAUUACUGUAUACUUUUGUAGGUUUUGAAAGUUGCAAUAAAUACAUUAAAAAU